UAAAAUAAAUAAAAAAUCAUUAAUAAUUGUGGUGACGACCAACAAACGUGAUGUGCUAGAGCAGGGGUUUUCCUACUUAGAAAAAUUGGGUGGUCACAGUUGUCCCUAUAUUUUUUUGGUAAAUAUAGAUAUUUUGGAACGAAUUCGUUGGCUUGGUGUGUUUACCAGAGUGUCAAUGUUAAAGCACAGAUUAAAACAAGCUACCUUAAUUACGUUUUUUUACUUUAACAAGUUAUAUGCAUGUUUAAUUUUUUUUUACAGAGUUUGUUACUUUAACUUGUAUUGUACCACAGUGAUAAAUGCAUUACAUACUGUGUUAGUUUACCAAUGUCCAUGCAGAAGUGCGUGUUAUUAAGAUUAUCUAUUACACAUUUCUAUGCUGGUAUUUAGCUUUUAACACUUUAGAAAGCAGACUGUAUACUGAUAAGUGUUUUUUGUGAACAUUGCAACCUAACUAACUUUUGAAUCUUCAUUUUUUUAGGUUAAAACUGAAGCAGCUGGCCAGCAUACAGUGUUUUCAGUACGGUCCUACGAGUGCUGGUACAUCGAACAUUUAAGAUCAUUUAAGCUGACAUCAUUGGACAACUUCUCUGUGCAUGAGCUAUCAGAACUAAAUGACACAGAAUGGAAGCGCAGAACUUUUUCCUGCAUGUCCAUACAUCCACUGACAUUGUGAGGAAGAUGACUUUAUCUUCACGUCCAGCAUCUGUGGAAGAGCUAAAAACAAAGAUAAAAGAGAAAUUUGAUCUCACCAUUGACUUUACCCUAUCAUACCAAGAUCCUGACUUCAAUGGGCAACUAUGUUCCCUUUUAGACAUUGAGGAACUUCCACAGAAGGCUGUCCUUAUAGUGGUGCGAUCUGAGAAUGAUGCUAGUUCUGUAGCAUCUGAUGACACAGUAAUAUUGCCACAUGCAAGGAUUCCAGAGAGGACUGAAAUGUGGCCUUGCAUUUUUCAAGUGCCCACUUUUUCUUUUGAAGUAGAACUUGUACUUGCUGAGGGAAAAGCUGCAUACAAGACAACAGGAAAGACUUUGAAGUUAAAUAGAGGACAAAAGCACAACAUUCUUGAGACCCUAGCAGAACAAAUGCAUGGCUAUAAAGCAUACCCUAAUGUUAAGGAAAUUUCUAUGGUAGCAGAAGCCCUUGUCAACAAGCAUCCCUGUCUAAAAGAGCCAGGCUCUUGUGCAGGUUGGUAUGGAUGGAAGAACAGCCUAACAUUUAAGAUGGGCAACUACCGCACAAAAUUAAGUCGUGCUGGAUCUCAGGAAGUUGCUGUAAAUUCUGGAAAGAGGAGUAAAAACUACCCCCAAAAAGAUGCCCCUCACACGAACAUCAAAAGACCAAAAAGGGCAGAGAUUAAUUUCCUUCCAAAUUUCCCAAGAGGUGAAGAUGCUUCAAGCCUCGAACAACAAAGGCAAAGAAUUAUAGAUGAAGUUCAGAUGGCUGACAAAAAUCUUGUCCUGAUCACAAAGUUAAUGGACAGCACUUUUGCUUUGCGGCGCAAAGAGAUCGUCUGUAAUGAGAUACCAGUUGAUGAAAUCCUGAAACGAUGGCCUGCCCUUAAAUUAGAGUCGCAGAUCUGUGCUGAGUUUCACAGAGUGACGAAUGUCAACCUAAAGAAUCGUUUCUUUGCUCAACUGGACCAACAUACCCCCCGGGUUCAGAGCCUGUUUCGGAAAAAAGCUUCUCGGACAGGAAAAGCUUCUGAACUCCUGGAUGAGUUCUUCAGGAUUUAUGACCUCCAGGAUCAAGUUGAUGUCCAUGUUAGACGUGCUGUGGUACUCCGGGCUCUCCCUCCGUAUAUGCAUGAGAGUGAUGUUAGCUUUUUCAAGAUGUGGGACGUGGAGCAGACUGAAGAACUGAACAUCAGUGAUGUACCACUUGGGCUCCUCCUAAGCAAUCAGACAUCAUCAGAUGCCCAUUUUUUCUGCCCAGAGAGGAUUGCAGUUCUGAUUGAGGGUAACAUUGUUAUUGAGUCCUCCACACUGGCUGAUGCAUUCGUCAUUCUAUUUGCACUUACAUACACCCUGCACCUUAACUAUCCAAAACAAUUGCUCAACACAUUUGACUUCGUCCAAAAGGUCUUGAUGGGUCUUGAGGAUGGAAAGUUGAGGCCUAGAGUUUUGAGUCUGAAAAAUGACCUGUUAGCAGUAGUGUAAGCACAUUUGUUUUUCUUGCUGUAAACAUCUAACAGAUGGGUUUUAUAGAUAUUGUUGCUGAAGUUUUAAUGCCAUAAAGUUGAAUGAAGUUCUGUUUUGUACAUUUUUGUACUUGUGUAAUAUGUUUGUGUAUCUAAUACAUAUAUUUGUAUUGACAAAUAUUCUAAAUGUGUCCUAUGGUGUGACAACAAACAAUGUGGGGAAAAACAUUAUUUAAAAUAGUUUAAUCUCUUUAAUGGUAUUUGUAACUUUCUCAUGCUAUUUGUUUAAUUGUUAUUUUUUAUAUCUUUGCAAUGUCACACCAUAGGACAUAUUUACAAAUAUAAUACACUCAGGUAAUUUUGAAAUUGUGGAAUGGUGUGGUGGCAAUAGGAAUUUGCACAUAGGGUUAACUGCAAGUUAAAUGAUGGCUUCCUUGCAGCAGGCAAUUGCACACUGCCAUGCUGUUUUGUAUAUUAAACCUCUUACAGAAUUGUUUUAUAUUAUAGUAGUUUUAAUGUUAAAUGCUUGUUGAAGGACUGAAUGUUCGCAUAGGAUACUUGCACAUUGGUGUGACUGAGAGAUUCUGUAUCUGUUUACAUUGCAGUGCACAAACUUCAGCUUUAUUUUGUGUACGUAACAAAACACUAAAGAUAAGCUUUAUUAUACUUAUAAUAUUUGUAAUAUGUGUUACACUUCAUUCAUCUUUAUUUUAUAAUUUCAAUUUGUUACAGUUAAAUGUUUUAAAUAAUUGUUUUAGAAAACGUAUAGUGAUCCGGAUGUUGAGUAAUGUCGAGGCAAUUUGGAAAGUUUACACAUGGCACAUUCAUGUGUCUUGAGCAUUUUGUAUUUGUUUACAUUGCAAGAAUAUGAGAUAUUUCAAGAACGUCAUAUUUGGUUAAUAAACAAGUUACUUGCA